AUGGGUAAACAACGAAUUGCAAUUAUUGGUGCUGGACCAAGCGGUCUCUCACAAUUGUUAGCUUUCAAACAAGCUGAGCAAGAACAAAAAGUUGAACUGAUUUGCUUCGAAAGGCAAUCAGAUUGGGGUGGCUUGUGGCUUUAUACAUCUCAGAUAGGCAUGGAUGCUAAUGGUGAACCAAUUCAUUCAAGUAUGUAUCGACAACUUUGGUCGAACUAUCCAAAAGAAUUAUUUGAAUAUACUGACUAUUCAUUCUAUGAUCAUUUCGGUUGUUUUCUUCCAUCCUUUUUGCCACGUCCUCUUAUCCACGAUUAUUUGAUCGGGCGGGCUAAAGCCGGUAAUAUUCGACGAUUUAUUCGUUUCAAUACAGCUGUUCGCCAUGUCGACUUUGACGAUGAGAAGAAAGAGUUUUCCAUUGAUGUUGAAGAUUUUAAUAAAAAUUCGACAGAAAAUUUGAAGUUUGAUCGUGUCAUUGUCGCAACAGGUCACUAUCACUUGCCAAAUAUGAUUAAUAUCUAUGGUGUCAAUCAAUUUCCCGGUCGAGUUCUUCAUUCACACGAAUUUCGUGGUGCUGAUGAAUUUUUUAAUCUUAAUUUAUUGUUAAUUGGUGGUAGUUAUUCUGUCGAUGAUAUUGCUGUACAAUGUUACAAGUUCGGUGCUCGAUCGGUUACAAUCAGUGCUCGAUGCAGACCUUUUCACUACAAAUGGCCAACACAAGUCAAAGAGGUACCCGAGCUUAUUCGUAUGGAAGGUCGAACAGCUCAUUUCAAAGAUGGUUCAAGUACUGAUAACAUAGAUGCGAUUAUCUUUUGCACUGGCUAUCGACAUUCUUAUCCAUUCAUGGCUAAACAGUUUGAUUUACGUUGUGGUGUAACGGAAUUCGUUCCAGGAGAUCUCUACAAGAGUAUUUUCUGGAUGAGUCAACCAUCACUCGCCUAUUUAGAUGCACCUCGACAAAUUUAUACAUUUCCCAUGUUCGAUAUACAGGCAGCAUUGGUACGUGAUGUCUUUCUUGGUCAUGUCAAAUUACCUGACUGUACUCACUGGCAAAAGGAUGUUGAUAAAUGA